ACGACGCUGAGGCACGAGUGUAGGCCUCACGAAGCAAGGUCUAGUGUCUUUAAAGGGUGUGAGCUAGUGGGUGAUUCAUUUUGAAGCAGUGGAGGAAAGGAGGUGGGAUUGUGGAGUCGCCCACACCACUCUACAGUCGUUGCCUCGCCCGGCCGCCAGUUGACCGGCAUUGCCAACUUUGCGGGACAAAAACUCGUUACCAUGAAAUGUUGAUCGACGUUUAUAAAAUCACAGAAGUCAUCCCACAGACGGAGAGAGCCCCUGGUCCGCGUCAAGCAGAAAGACCCUACCCGGAGAGUGCCUGCCACCUCACCUGACACUCCAGCCAGCCAUCAGCUUGCUUCUUUGAUCCAACAGCUGGCAGCCACCUUGACCACCACGCGCUCGCUUUCAAACAAAACCGUCCUGGACACUUGUGGUUACCGCUUACUCCCGAGGCUUUUGCUGCUGUGUGGGCUUGUGUCUGUGUCGGUGUAGCGGGUAAUGUGGUUAGCCGAGUGACCCAACAGCGCGCCCGGACCCACCACCACAAACACCACCACCUCCACUUCACCACCUCACCACCACCCACCACAUCACCAGCACCGACGCCGCCUGCCCCUCGACUCCUGCCGCUGCUGCUUUCACGGCUGUCGUUCGAGCAUUUAUUGGAGGCGUGGUGAGACUCCGCCUGGAGUCUCGACUACCGGCCAACUGGAUCCCACGGCCGCAGCCGCCGCCGCCGCGCACAGCGCCCCCUACAGUGCCAUGGUGAGCCCGGGGGUGCCCAACAUGGCAAUGGUGAACGUCAACAACUUCCUCAACGUCAAGGACUCGCGCUGGCUCCAGCUGGAGGUGUGCCGCGAGUUCCAGAGGAACAAGUGCACGCGGCCGGACACGGAGUGCAAGUUCGCUCACCCGCCGCCCAACGUCGAGGUCCAGAACGGACGCGUCACCGCUUGCUACGACUCUAUUAAGGUAAGUGUCGCUGCCCCGUCACGUCCUUCUUUUCAGAGGUGUGAAUGCCUUGAUUCCAUUGCUACUUCAGCGAGGGCGAUAGGCUGGAGGACCCUCUUUUAUCGCUCAGAAUAUCCCCGAGCCAAAAAUAAAGUAAUGAUAUUACCAAAUGACUAGUAAUGUAUAGCGAAU